AUGUCAGAACAUCUAUCCGAUGCACAAUGGAAGCCUGAGCCUCUCAUCGUUGCAGGAGAAAAUGUCAGAAUUUGCCAGAUUGCUGCCGCUCCGCAUGCAGCAUUUGCUUUGGAUUCGUUUGGAGCUGUUCAUCUCUUCUUGUUAUCUUCACACCUAACAAUUCGACAGAAAGUGGAAGUUUACUCAAAUCAGCGAUGGUAUCCAAUGAUUGGUUGGUCGUCUCGAACGUUGCCCACGGAUCGAGCUUCAUUCAGCAAUGAGGAUGGAACAAAAUCUGGGGAGAUGACUGGGUUCCAUUUAAAAUCUGAAGGCUGGCGAUGGGAAGAACCUUGGAUCAUUGACGUUGAUGUGCGCAAGCACGACAAAGAG